GGGCAGGACUUUUUUUAUUUUCUUUUUCCUUUCUGUAUCAAGCAUAAAAUGGUUGGAGACUGUAUUAUACUAUCAUCCUAUCCAACACAAGAAUCCUAACUCCAGUUCCUGAUCGCCAUUUCCAGCGUUCAAUCUCAAAAGGUUUCCGAGAAUAAGUAUUUUCAAACCAUUGAUGGAUAUACGCAUACUCCAGCGACUUCAAAAGAUUGUGUCCAAGCCAUGUGAACCCAUAAAAUGUAAUCCCGUCCAGCUAGUUCUCGAUCCAGAGCUCUUUCUUAGCACUUCAUGCGAGUCCCAUGUGAAAAAAUUCCCUCCCAUUUAAGUUACAUGAUGGAGCACGGAAUAGGAAUGCAGCAGCAGUCCACCCCGUCGCAAGAAAAGCAUUUAUUCUGGCCCGGCGUCACGCCACCAGGCUUCGUGAUUGACGAGACCGAGCUCGCGGCCGAGGACGUGGCAGAAGGCUUGUUGUUCAGCGUCGUCAACGCGUUGGAUGUAUCGACUGUAUGCAUUUUCGUUUUCUUCUCUUUCUUUGCGCUAAAAGUACCGUCUUUCAAGUCUUGAAUUUGGUGCGGAUUAGACUGGGUUUGUCUUCUAUGUCUUGUGCCGUAGACGACGUAGGUGUGGCUAUCGGGAUUUGACUUGUAUGGAGUGUAGUGUGGUGUGAGGGACGGAUAUAAAUGUAGGGAGUUUAUAUAUGAGACGAUGUAUUGCACCCUGGCGCGCAAAUCAAGAUUUUUUUCUAUCUUUCUAUUUAUUCACAGGUUCAUUCGUUUACUCUCUAUUAAUUCCCCACAUGGCAUACCACUGGAA